AUGCUCAUUCGAUAUAUUCUACUGCUGGAGACAAUCUUCUUACGGAUGGUCAGCGGACAUCUGAUCAUGAUCUCGCCUGAGCCCUACAGCAAAGAAACCCUCAACAACUCUCCUCUUGCUGAACAUGGUAGCGAUUUUCCCUGCAAACUACGCACAGAUGCAUUCUUGGCUCCUUCAACAGAGACUAUCUACCAGAUCGGCAUUGUGAACACAAUCAGGUUCGAAGGAAGCGCGACACACGGUGGCGGCUCAUGCCAAUUGAGCCUGACCAAAGACCGUGAGCCAACCAAAGAUUCCGAAUGGAAGGUCAUCAAGUCCUAUGAAGGAGGUUGCCCCACGAAGGCAGAGAAACUUGCCGGAGGCGCCACUACCGACAAUGGCCUUCAACUCGAUUUCGCAAUUCCGGAAGGCGUUAACUCCGGAAAAUAUACUUUGGCCUGGACAUGGUUCAAUCGUAUUGGGAACCGUCAGAUGUAUAUGAACUGUGCCCCAAUCACCGUGGCGAGUGACUCGCCGCAACAAUCCUACAAGAGCAUACAAAAGCAGAGGCCUAAUUUCCCACCCAUGUUCAUCGCCAACAUAAAUGGCUGUAUAACCAAAGAGAAUGUGGACAUUCGGUUUCCUCAAAAGCAUUAUCGAGCACAAUGGCCAAACGAAUAA